AUGCUUAGGAUACUACUCGUUUUGUGUAUCACUGCAACAUCUGUCUUGUCAGCACCAAAGCCAAGGUUGUCAACCUCCACAGAGUCGUCGCAGCCAACAGCUGGAAAAGAAUUGCAAGAGUUCGCAAAACUUCAAGGAGAUGAUGCUGAGCUUGUAGCAAAGUUCAAAGGCAUAGUAGCUAAAGACAUGCGAGGACGAAGGAAAAAUGUUUUUUCGAGUUUCGGAGGAGGUUACGGUUCAUAUAAUGGACGAGGAGGCCCAUUCCAUGGAUCUAAUGGCGGAUACGGAAUGGGAGGAGGUUACGGCGGUGGUGGAGAUGACUUUGGUGGUGGUGGCGGAUACGGCCCACCAUAUGGUGGAGGUUACGGCGGUUACGUUGGUGGUGGAGGAAGUCCGGAUUAUGGUGGCUAUGGAGGGUAUGGUGGUGGCGGCUAUGGUGGGAUGGGAGGAGGCCCUGGAGGAUAUGGUAUGGGAAUGGGUGGCUUCGGCGGAGGAGACUAUGGUGGCGGAUACGGUAACGGAGGAAUGAUGGGUGGUGGUUAUGGAGGUGAUGGUUAUGGUGGUAGUGGUUUUGGAAUGGGAGGUCCGAUGGGCGGCUUUGGUGGUGGACAUGGAGGCGGAGGCGGCUUUGGAGGUGGUUACGGAGGAGGAGGAUUUGGGCCCAUGGGAGGAGGUGGAUAUGGAAGCAUGAUGGGAGGAGGAGACUAUGGUGGUGGAUAUGGAAGUCCCUAUGGCGGAGGUGGCUACGGCGGCGAUAUGAUGGGAGGAGGUGGAUGCCCAGGUGGUGGUUGUCGCGGUUAG